AUUAUUAAUCGCUCUUUUGGUACUACUUAUCUUUUUGUACUUUUACUUAAUAGUGUGAUGGUUGGAUCAGGAUUAUUUGUGGUGAUGGUUUUAUUUUCCUUUUACUUAGAUGUGUCUGUAGAAUAUUAAGUGUUUUAAAAUUAUUAUAAUAAUAAGUAUCUUCUUACACGACUUAAAAUAUUUUAGAUAAGUAAAAAUAUAGAUGACAUAUUUGAUCUCAUAAGAUACGGACUAUCAUUCCUGGGAUUGACAACACACUUUUUUAUUAUUUUUUGGCCAGGUCAAAAAAUUAUAGACAGUAGUGAGUCGUUAUUUAAUUUUUAUUACAGUUGUAAAUGGUAUAAAUUAUCAAAACAGUCAAAGAGGACAAUAAGCAUCAUGAUGCUAAGAAGUUUCGGACAAUGUCAGAUCACUGCUAGUGGAAUGUUUGUUAUAUCUUUGGAGACAUAUGGAAAGCUUUUUAAAGUCGGGUUAUCGAUCUUUGCAGUAUUUUCUCAAAAUUAAUUUAGAAAAAUACCUAGUAUAUCUAAAAACGCACCUAAUAAAAUUUACACUAUCGCUUUUUGACUCUCAAUUCUUUUCGCCUUAGAUUAUACUCACCCUUCCAUUUCAUUCCUGAUUAUAACGCAGCGGAAGUAUCCCUCCUUCUCAUUUCCUAUUAUACCAAUUCUUCGAUAACAACGUAGAUUUUCCUUCUUCUUCGGGUAAUAACGACGUCGCCAUUACAGCAGCGACAAUAACAUCGUCGCUGCGAAUUAUGACUGUUUUACAACCAGUGUCGAUAUGUCCUUUUACGCUUCAACAUUGCCGUUUGAACGUCGUAUUCGUGAGCUUUGAUGGUGAUUAUACCACGAGGGAACUUUCAAUGCUUUCGUUGGAAUCACUCGAUAAUGCACUUUCUGUAUCUGUCAUAAAGGCCAUUGAUGGUAGCGCCAAUGAGGUUCGAAUACUUCGUCGAUUCCAUCAUUAGCAGAGGGUAUAGUGUGAAAUCUUCGGUAACGAGAAGCUUUUAAAUCGAAUAACGAAGUUGGUAAGCGUUGACGUUGUUAAAUAGCAAAAUUCUAUUCGCUUAUUUUUAUACUUUGAGAUUAAUAGGUGAGUGACAAUUUCCGUGAUAGUAAUUGAAGAUAAAUCGAGACCUUGGCUUCACUAAUUGAUCACACCUAUACAUUUAAAUUGACCAAUCCAAAUCUCCCAACGAUCUGUAAUUCCAGUGAUCGCAACCAAUUGCCACGUGCGAUGGUGCGUGUUCGAUAAGCUUGCCAUUAAUCAAUCCAGUCGCUAUUUACCACGAGAAAAAAAAAAACGACGGGAACAAAUUACCGUUCGCGAAGGCAAUCGCGCAUUUUCCGCCGUAGAAAUCGAUCGUCGCCGGACGGUCACGAGGUAUUCGCAUCACUGGUUCAUAAGUGUCCGCGAAUCGUACGCGUGAGGAAGUUUUCGUCGAGUGGUCGUUUCGGUGUGUUUUGGAGUUGAAAUAGUUUGAUUGCGUUCUCCAGCAGAGAUAUGACGCGAAUACAGCGGUAAGCUAUAUCUCCAAGCAUUGAUGAUGAUAUUUCACGAGAAGACAUGAUCAAAGCUCGUACACCUUUUCAGUCCAUCACUCGCCGCAGAGUAGUAUCCGCAGAAGCUCACAUAAUACGCGGCAUCAAAGUCGAAGCGUGUAAUACCGGCGACAGGCUUACGCUUCAAUAUCCUCAAAGGCUAGGCGGAAUAACGUCACCGAAAUGCUGCGCGAUGAUCUCGGGUCGCGAAAAACCUGCGCGCGAUGAGCCCAAGAUCGGCAAUGGGAUGAAACUUGCUUGGCUGGAUACGGGGGAGGCCAAGAGUCGGGGAAAGCUCAAUCCUCUGCUGGAGCAGCUGAAACGCUACUGCGGCUACUUUAGCCUCGCCGGCUGUAAGUAUAUCGCCGAGGGACAACGCACGUGGUUCAAGAGGGUGAUGUGGAUUCUUCUGCAUCUGGUGAUGGUUGGAACACUGGGAGCGAUCAUUUGCAACGUUUUGGACGAUUUCAAACACACGCCAGUCGUGACCGUGGUGGACUCGGAUAACUACCCUUCGAAUCUUCCGGACUUACCCGGCAACAUCGGCGGCAUCUGCGGCGUCUUAAUCGGCUUCAGUCUCAUAAGCGCCUUCGAGUUCGUCUACUUCCUGGUGCUGUCAAUCCUGGCUCUCCUCAAGAGUCGCCAUCCUAAUGAAAAUCAGGACAAAUCCUACCCUAUGAGGCCGAUUUUCUGGGACGAGCUAGCGCCUCGAGGAAAAACCAGAAAUACCCACGCUGAAGAGACGAGUCCUCGCUCACUGAAGAUCACGGUUAAACAACGCAGCGUACGAUUUUUAAUUUCGUUUCGAGGGAUUACCGGCCGCCGCAAGGGAGAGAAUAAAUCAAUUCGCCUGGCUUACCGGUCGCUCAUCAGAAGUAGUACGAAGAGGAGAAAGUAGCGAGUGGAGGAAAGAAAUAAAGGAACAGUCGGUGAAAGAAGCGCUCGCGGAAUAAAAAAGUUUGUUACGUCAUCGAAACGAACGCUUUUCGUUCGUCGGCUCUUUUGUUUAAUUAAUAAACGCGGGUGGUAAAGCCGCUCUGUUUUACACUAAAUAGCAUCGGUAUCGCCGUAGGCUGACGCGGAUGGAAUUCUCUCGCCGCAGAGAAUCGAGUACUGAUGCGACGAUAUAGAUUACGUUUGACGGCGUACGUAGGCUCUCCAAUAGGCACGAGUAUAUAGGCAGAAGAUGCGUAGAAAAAAGAAGGAGAGCGAGUCUGCGGCCCUCGUCGUAAAAAUGCCCGUAAAGCAGACGCGAAUAAAUCACUCGGGAUGGGUCUUUGCACGGAGCUUUUAUGAGCGCAGUUGUGUGGAUCGAGCGAGAAGCCGAAGAUGCUUGGUUAAAUUGGUAUAUAAUAUCGCGUGGGCUUAUGCGUUUGAAAAGUGGAAAAUUGACGCUUUGGAAAUGAGUAUAAUACGAGGGUCUAGUUAUUCGUGUUAAAAGUCACUCGAUCAGCAGGUCGCACACGCAUUGAUUUGCUCGAGAGGUCAGAGUAAAGUCUAUAUAAAAUUUAAACGGUUAUUAGGUUCGUUUAAUGAUAUAAAUGAGAUCGAAUUGAAUUAAUUUUGUGCGUGAUUCAAUAUCACUGGUAAUAGAACACUUUGAUCCCUUCGAUAUUCAAACGUGAUUAAAUACCAACUAAAAAAGCCAUAUCCCUAAAGCAUCUUUCCUCGGAAUUCGAUUCGAGCAAAAAUUGUUCGGCAUUUCGACACGCGUCUCCGGGCGCGACAAAAUAGAACCGGCGCGCGUGAGGGAGUUUAUAUUCUCGCGGCUGUGAAAAUCACAAAGCCGAGUCGUCGAGAUCGACGGCACUUUCAAGCGCUCGUAAUUCACCGCUAUACUUUUUUCGCUCUUGCUCUCUCUCUCUCUCUCUCUUUCUCUCUCUCGAAAGGAGAUAAAUAGCCGAAUGCGCUGAUUGAUCCGAGCUUUUUUCGCCGACGACGCAGUCGCCGAGAUUGAAAGUUUCCGAUAUGAUGGAUUCGAGUGGAGGAGCAUUGGGAUUUUUGAGGGAAAAGCGUAGCGCGCGGCUGAUCGAACGAUAACGUCGUUAUUUCGCGAGUUUCCCGAGAAGAUUUUGGUUUGAUUAUGCGAAACGCGGAGACAAGUUCGAAGCUUGGAUUUCGAUUCGGAGUUUGGCCGCACGCACCGAUGUGAGCGCUCGUAAAAGCGUCGUUUCGCGCAGUGGGAAAGGCAAAUAUUUAUAGCCUAUGGAGCGUAAAAAGCGCGGCUAAAAUUCAAAAGGUCAAUUUUAAUGCCUCCUGAAAAACAAUCCCUGAUACAGUAAUCAAUUUAAACAUAUGAGCCUAAAUAACGAACGAACGAAAUAAUCCCCUGCAGAAUCUUCGCACGCAAUAAAAGGAGGAAAAACGAAAGAGCCGAUUGCUGCAGCUAACAAAGCCUCCUUACCUCGAUCCUUCGACGUCUUUUGCAUACCUCAGACUCGCUGUACUCGGCGUUAUAUUAUUCUCUUCUUCUUCGCCUCCCGCACACACAUACACGUAUAGAGCGUGUGUCAGUCUCGAUGAAAUUGUGUCUCUCCCGUGUGCCGUAAAAAUGGAUCCGAGAGAAGAGAAAGGGACUCAAACGUAUAUAAGGAUAUGAAAUUUUUCUCACGAACUUGUCCUUUUUCUCGCUCCCGACGUAUACGUCUUUUUUUUUUUCUUCUCCUCCUCGAAUAUGUAGUAUCCUCGGCACGUCGCGCGUUAUGCGGUCGAUGCUCGCGUCGGCGGAUAGGUGAGCCGCGGCUAAUUCGGAAGGUGCGAUGAUAAGUUUAGCAGUUUCGUAGUGUUGAUCGGAGGUGUUAUUUUGAAGAAUUUGUUUAUCCCGUUAAUUUUGCACAGCGACCUCAAUCUCGAUCAGCGAAAUUUAUUCUCGGUAUAUCGCGACACACUUAGUCCGACGUUAUCACACUAAUUGACGUCGCAAUUAUACGAACCGCGUAACGUAUACGAUGAGAAUUCGAAAGUGCGUUAUUAUUGGAAGCAGAACUUUAAAGCAGAUUAGUCGAAUUGGAAGCUUCAAAAAUAGCCAUGCAAAACCUCUCGCGAAAUCCCGCGCAAAAUCGACUAUUCUCCUCACGCGUCCCUCGCGCGUCUGAUGUUUAUGAAUCUGUCUCGCGCUUCCGCAUAAAUUCCUCAGCCGCGAAAAUUUCCUCCGGGCAUCGUGCAGCUGCGUCGCGCAAAAAUAAGCGUCCCGAGAGCUGUUGCGCACGUGGUUGACGCAGUAGUGGGAAACUCGAUUUUCCCGUCCCAACCCCUUUUCGCGCGACUUCGCGGCAAACGAGGUUAUACGCUCACGAGCUCUGAAGAGUGUGUGGGAGGCUUUUAGCUGCCGAAAUGCUGUGUGUACGUUCGCGGGAGUUAGACUUGUUGUGAAGUACAGGAAAUGACGACGUGGCUGUGUAGGUAAACAAUUUGCGUGAAUUUUGACAAACGGGCAAAGUUAGAUAGAUGUAUAGUCAUCGGAUUCUCAGCCUGUACGUCAGGUGGUCCUCACCGCAAGAUCGCAGGAAAGGAAGAAAAGCCUCAUCGCGCGCGCAGGCGAUAAAUUUCGCGUCUCCAGAAGAUCCUCGACUCGGCCCGCUUUAUCCUUAAUCUCGGCUUGUCUGAUCGGCUGAUGGCUGGCUGACGUCUCGGAAGCAAUAAGAACUCGAAUGGACGAUUUCUCGCGCUUAUCAGCCCUCUUCUUCCUUUCAUCGAGACGUUGCUAAUCGAUCGAUCGACCGAGAAGUGUUCCUAUGCGAUGUUUUUUUUUUCUUUUUCGUUUAUUUAUAUUUACGAAAGGAACCGAUCGUAAUUCGCAUCUACAUCAAGCGCCGCGUUUAGUUUUAACACUGAGUAGCGGGACGAUAGGAUCGACUAUAAACACCGGCGGCAUAAAAUCAACCGGAAAUUGGUUUUCUUGCCGGGGCUGUAACGCGGAAUAGAGUGAUUACACUUUCAAAGAGCGCGCGCGCGCGAGUUUUAUAAGUCAAUCAAUCUUUACUGCCUUAACUGCAGAGUAGAAGGUGGUGGUGUGUGUGUAUAAGGACACGUAGUUUACAAGAAGUGCGUAUACUUUUUUUCUUUAACGUAGUUCGCAGAAGUCGCACAGCGUCUUGAGAUGACUCGUAAAAUAUUACGGAUUUUUUUUUACGACUUUGGUCGAAUCAUUUGGCUUGAUUUGAUGACGGCAUAAAAGCGCGGGCUGCAGUGUACGCGGGUGUCAAACUAGCGACUAAGUUUAUGCGAAGCCAAAAUAAUCCGCGACGGUACAUUAAAGCACAUAAAAGGGUCAAAGAGAUAUUCGCCGGUAUAUUUCAAACAAAAAAUAAAUUCGUAAAUUACUGCCGUCUCUCUCUCUCUCUCUCUCUCUCGGUGUAUAGUCAGGCACACGCAUACAUAUGCAUAAUUCCACUGCGGCCGAUCGGACAAUCGUCGGCGCGCGAAACGCAAAUAAUUUAAAAAUCUGGCAGUCUACCAAAUACGGCUUUGACGCAACGCGCCCUGUGUGCUCUCUUUUCUAAAAUACGAUGAAUAAUGGAUCGCCUCGACGUAUGGGACUGAGAUAUAGAGAGGGAGAUAGGGGAAAAAAGCUCUAUUUUUACUAUUUCAGGAAUGCAGAGCAGUAUAAGCGCCUUAUAUUUUAUGUGUAUUAAUAAAACGCUGUGCAUUGUCUCGCGAGCGCGGCUUCGAAUUUUUUCUUUCUUUAUAUACCUUUGGGUUUUGGAUGAUUGUUAUAUGCAGGCUUUAUGCAGACAGUUCAGCGGCCACAACGUUGUGCAGAAUAGUGAUUCGCAUGCAAUUGAUGAAGGAUUAUUAAGUGCCGAAUAAAAUAUGCUUAACAUACCUUGCUUUCGCUCGCGCUAUGAACUGCUUGUAUCAUCACCCAACGAUCGUAACUUAUGCUACUAAGAUCCACGUUCGAAUGAGACGCGUAGCAAUGACCCUAUGAGAUGAAGCACCUUACGAAAACAAAAAAUACAAAUUUUAAAUCGUUACAGUAUCUAUAAUAUACCAUUAUCAGCUAUAGGUGCAAAUUACGAUAUUUAUUUACAUAUGGAAAAUUACCGCUUUGUGUACCGAUAAUUUCGAUAAUUAUACCUAUGACGCAUGUAUUAUUCAUCAUUUGCACAUGUGGGAGAUGCGGAAAAUCGGUCCAUCCCCAGUUCGAGAGCGACGCCGAGAGGUAGAAACAAACGGAGAGCUCGACGGUGCAGGCGGUGCAGGUACGACGCAGUGAGGCAGAGACAACGGCCGGGCAAGAAGUGGACGAGCGUUUAUUGGAAAGUCCGUGGCUAAGAAGAAGAAAUCGACAUUUGUUCACAGUACAGGCGAAUAGUCAGGUGUGGAGACGUUUUUUCGAAGGAUCGUCUUGUGAGAUACUGAGCGUCGACGUAUUUUUGGAUGUAUAACUAGGAUAUUUCUGGGCAAGAUGAACGUCGAUCGAUUCGAAUCCUACGAUUUGUAUAUUUGUAAAAACUAUAUAUUAUUCACGAGAAAUAAAAACUUUCUAUCUGUACUACAUUUAUCAAGAUCAUUAAGAUAUAUUAUAUAUUCUGCGAGUAGUAAAAUACAUAAUAUCAUCCUAGAA